AUGAAUAAUUUUCGUUUUGCAUCAAUCAAUAUCCUUAGUGUUAUUAUUAUCCUUGCUAUUAUUAUCAAUUGUGGUUAUUCGAUCAGCACCUCAAAUGAAGAUGAUCUCUUUACUGUUAAUAUUACUGUGAACAAUUAUAAUACAAAAAAGGAAGACGAAUAUGUAUACAUUCAAUAUGAACUACCCGAUGAAGAAUUAUUAAUUGUUGGUUUUUUACCGUUGAUCACUAUGAAUUCAGUUCAUCAUAUACUUUCAUUUGCUUGUUCACGACCAUAUACCGAUCAACCAUACUGGACUGCAGGCGGAGCAUGCAAGGGUCAGCAAAAGAUUAUACAUGAUUGGGGUCGAAAUGCGCCCCUAUGGACACUACCCAAAGAUGUUGGUAUAGCUGUUGGCCGUAAUACUCCAUACAAAUAUAUUGUUAUUAAUCUUCAUUAUCUUUCAAUUUUGAAAAAUGAUUAUUCUGGAACUCAAUUACUUAUGACUCGAAAACCACGUAAAUAUCAUGCAGCUAUUGCACUCGGUGGUACACAUUUUAUUCGUCUGGAACCAAAAACUCAUAGGCGAGUUAAUUCGUUCUAUCGAGUCCGUGACGGUGAAGUUUCACUAAUUAUCAAAGGUGAUCCGAAGUGGUCUCAAGCAUUCUAUCCACUUCCAUCAGCUUUUGAAAUUCGAAAUAAUGAUUAUAUUAUGGGUCAAUGUGUUUAUGAUAAUAAUGAUGAUCGAGUUAUUACUGUAGGAAAAACACAUACCAAUGAAAUGUGUAACGUAUACGCAAUGUAUUCAUAUGAACCACCAAAAACAGCAAGUAAUGGAACAAUACGUGACUCACCUCCAAUUCAAACAUGUUGGGGUAAUAAAGUCAGUGAAAUAGCAAGGCUCAUUCCUCCAGACAGUGAAAUUCCUCCACUUAAACCGAUUUAUAUUGGCGGAGUAGAUGAUGUUCAUCAUGUUCAUGUUGAACAUACAAUGAAUUCAUUCACAGCUAAUUUAUAUGAAAAUGUCGAAAAUUGGACUGAUGUUCAAUCAUUGUCAGCUCAACUUGGUGAAAUAGGUGGCAUUGCAUUAAAUAAUGCAAACAAUGAACUUAUUGUAUUUCAUCGUGGAUCUCGAAAAUGGGAAUUCAAAUAUUUUAGUGGAAAUAUUUUUCGUAAUGAAGAUUAUGGUCCAAUUGAAGAUGAUGUUCUUGUUCAUAUUGAUACAUGUACAGGAAAAAUAAAAUUUCGAUGGGGUACUAAAAAAUUCUAUAUGCCAAAUGGAUUAACAAUAGAUCAUGAAGGAAAUUUUUGGUUAACUGAUAUUGCUAUGCAUCAAGUGUUUAUGUUUAAACCAAAUGAUUUAAAUCAUCCAGCAUUGGUUGUUGGAGAAAUGUUUAAAUCUGGUUCAGGACGAAAUCAAUUUUGUCGACCAGCCGAUGUUGCUGUUAUGAAAAAUGGAGAUUUUUUUGUUGCCGAUGGCUAUUGCAAUAGUCGUAUAAUUAAAUUUAAUCGUAAAGGAGAAUAUCUCAUGGAAUGGGGUUCAUCAAUGUCAGGAAAGUUUGAUAGUGAUAGUUCUCCAUUACCUAAUGAAUGGAAUAUUGUUCAUUCACUAGCAUUGAAUGAAGAUGCACAAUUAUUAUGUGGUGUUGAUCGAGAAAAUUUUCGUAUUCAAUGUUUUAAUUCAAAUACAGGAGUAUUUCAACGACAAAUACAUAUUGAAGAAAAAGAAAACAUUUGUGCAAUUUAUGCUAUUGAAUUUGCACCAAAUACUAAAGGAACAAUUUUAUUUGCUGUUACUGGUGGAGAACAAACAUUGAAUAAAAAAAUUUAUAUGAUUAAUGCACAAAAUGGAGAGAUAUUAACAUCAUUUGAGUCAAGUUCACAUUUAAUUGCUCCACAAGAUAUAACUGUAUCAACAAAUGCUCGUGAAAUUUAUGUUAGUGAAUUAGUAUCAUCACCUAAUAAACCUUUACAUAAAUUUAAAUCAAAUAAACAAGAAAAUCUUCGGACACAAAUAUCUAAUAUAUUAAUCUAUUUCAGUGAUAAAAACUUUCGUAUUUUCUUAAUUAUAAUGGCUACGACGUUUGUCAUUCUUGUUUUUGCUUCUGUGAUUAUUGGAUGUAUUAUUCGAAAAAAAAAUAAGCGUAAAUUUCAUCGUUUGAAUGCAUCCGUCAAUGAUGUAAAAAAUAAUGAUACUAGUAGUGGUUCAAUUUUUUCUGGUUGGAUGAAUCGACGCAAACGCUUUGAAAAAUUACAACAAUAUUUGGAUGAUGAAAAUGAACCAUUACAUAUUGAUAUUGCUGAUGAUGAAAACGAUAAUUCUGGUGAUGAAACAAUAACUAGUAUACCAAAAAUACAAGUAACAGUAUUGAAGAAAAAAAAAGAUACUAUUAAAUUAAAACUGGAUGACAGCCUUUAA